AUGGGCGUCUUCAAGUCGUGGGUCGUGGUGUCCUUUGUCGCAUCCAGCGUGCAGGCGGCUUUAUCUGCCACAGGCUUCACGGUAUCCCUAACGGACGUCGACUACUUUCUUCCUCCCAAGCCUGUCGCUAAGAUAUCUGGGUGCAAUGAAAUACAGGGGCUAUUCGAGCAUGCUCCGUUUGUGCCCUUCACAGUCGUUAAGGCCGAGGGCCAAAGUCUAGAUAUCGCAUCGCUCACGGCUGGGUACAAAGACGACGACGUGUGGCAGGAGGGCUUCAUGCAAGCAAUCCAUGUUCAGGGCAGCACGUUCAAGCCUAUGAACUCGUCCAUUACCGUUCUCUCUGGCACCGCCUCUUCUGCGUUGCCUCUCGGACCCUACUUCAUCAAUGCUGCAGGCCAAGUCUUCGAGGCAUGGAGGCUGUUUUCAGACACUCAGGGUGCUUUUACUGAGUCAGCCAUUGCUAACGGAGAUGGUUCCUACUCGGUGCUGCCGGCUGGCACGGUUGGCCAACAUCAAGCCAUCGCAGUGCCUUCGCGUCUAUAUUUUACAAAAACUGCUGAAAAACCAUUGGCCGGUGUACGCAUUGGCAUCAAAGACAUUUAUGAUAUCAAAGGUCUUCGCACCUCAAAUGGCAACCGCGCAUGGUACUGGCUAUAUCCUCCUGCUAAUGCCACUGCAACUCCCGUGCAGAACUUGAUCAACGCGGGAGCAAUCAUUGUUGGCAAAAUGAUCACCUCGCAAUUCGCCAAUGGUGAGACUGCCACUGCCGAUUGGGUGGACUAUCAUGAAUCUUUCAACCCUCGUGGAGACGGCUACCAAGACACAUCCUCCAGCUCCGCGGGCGGCGGUGCUGGUACGGCUUCGUACCCGUGGCUGAAUGUCAGUCUUGGAUCGGACACUGGUGGUAGUGUCCGCGGCCCGUCUCAAGUCCAAGGUCUCUACGGUAAUCGCCCGUCACAUGGGCUGGUGGCGCUGGAGCACACAAUGCCGCUGAGCCCUGUACUCGACACGCCUGGACUGCUUGCGCGUAACCCUCAGAUGUGGAUGGAAGCCGCCAAAGCCAUGUAUGGAUCGAACAUGACAAUCACCAACAACUACCCCGCGAGUAUCCGGACCCUUGGUUGGCCGACCGAGGUGGAGGAUGUGGCCGAUGAAUUGCUCAUUGACUUUUUGGGCAACGUGACUGAGUUUUUGAGUGCAAACGCGACGGCCUAUAAUGUGAAGGCAUCGUUUGAGGCCGCAAACGCAGACGUUGGGCCCUUGACCACCCUCUUGAACCUCACAUACGCACUUCUCAUCACCAAGCAGCAGAUCGAGCUGGUGCGUGGGCCGUUUUAUGCCGACUACGCCGAGAAACACGAUGGGCGGCGGCCGUUUGUCAACCCUGUACCAUUGGCGCGGUGGGGGUGGGGCGACAACCAGACGGCGACUGUCGAGGAUGCGGUGGCCAACAAGACGAUAUUCCAAAGCUGGGCCAAUGAGACUUUCCUUGCCCCUUCGCCAAAGACAUGUUCCGAAUCACUGGUCAUGUACGUCGGCUCUACUGGUCGGACCGUGUACCGCAACACGUACUGGAGCGAGCCUGGAGUGCCUUUCGGUUUUGGCAACAGUCGCAUCUCCGUCAUGUCGGAAGCGCCGGAUUACGUGGUGCCGAUCGGGGAGGCGCCGUACAAUUCCACAAUUACUGGCCAUGUCGAGUACUUGCCCGUUACUGCCAACCUGAUGGUGGCCAAGGGCUGCGACGGCAUGCUGUUUUCUCUUAUUUCGGGCCUUUACAGCGCGGGCAUACUGAAGGAGAGCAAGGUCGGACAGAGCGGAGUGACUGGAGGGGAGAUUUUAUACAAGCGAGGGCUACCCGUAUAUUAG